UAAAUGUCGAUUGUCAAAGUCCUAUAGUAAUUUGAAUAUUGUUUUUAUGUAUCUAUUGUAUUAUCUUUUUGUUUUUAUGUCGAUUGUCAAAGUUCUAGUAAUUUGAAUAUUGUUUUUAUUGUAUCUAUUUUAAUAUCUUUCUUUUAUUCUUCGAAGACUGGCGAUGGUUAAAGCGAAGUAGAAAUAAUUCCCUACUUAUUUAAAGAUUUCAGAAUUUUAAUCAGAAAUGAAUAUAACAAGCAGAGGUACUGUCCGAAAGUUGUAUUACGACGAUGAGACAGGUGAAAUUAUAACCUAUGAUGUUAAUGAUGAAACUGGUGAAUUGUUGCUUGAAAAUAAAUCACCGCCGUUUGAAAAUGUAAGACAACCUCUUGAUGCACGUGAACCCGAGGUCAAGUACAUGAAGUUCCCUCGCGGUUAUAUGAGCAAGACGAAAAAGUUUCAAUCAUUGAAAGAGAAUAUAAUUGCUGGUUCUAAUAGAACUAGUCAUCGUUUGUUGUUGAUACCGACACUGAUGAUAUUUCCUGGUCUUUUUUGUGUAAUACUUAUGGUACUUGAGGUGUUUUUACAUGUGCGGUGUCACAAGAAGAAUAAAAAGCUUAAAGAUCCAAAUCUCUAUUACCGUAGCCCAUUCCACAUGGUCACUAGCACUUUUUGUGGGGUAUGUCGUGAUUGUGAUACAGCUUCUAAAAUUGGACAGCUUCAGGAUCAGCGGCGUAACCGCUAUGACUAUUUCAGAGGCAUAGCUCUGUAAUUAAAUGGUUACAGAUUAAACAUAUAGGUGUUGGUAUUUUUUGGUGAAAUUGUAUUUAUUGAUCUCUGAUAAAUAAGUAAUGGCGUCUCAAUUGAGUUCUGAAAUGAAUAUUAUAUUUAUAUGUAUACACUACACUAAAAUAGAAUAUAAUUGAAAUACUAGUAAAUAUUAUUUAUUUAAUAGUUAUAAGUUUUUAUUUAUUUAUUUAUUUAUAUAAUGGAAAAAUUGAGUUUUGGUCUCACGAUAUGAUGUUUCUAUACUUUAUUGUCAUACUAUAUUUAUUUCCUUACUAGAAUCUAGUUGGUAGUAUACAAUACUGUAAAGUAGUUUAUGAAAUUGAACAUAGUAAGAAAGGUUAACUUACCAAAGUGAGUUUUAAUAAUGUCUACACUUUAUAAAUGUUUUCCACAUUUGAUUGCAGUUUCCAAUUUAUUGAUAUUUUAUACUUUUAUAAUAAUAUAUUUAUGCAUUCGAUCCAAUAAAUGAACUAUGACACUAUGAUUGACUAUUACACUCAAGUAAUUGAUAAGAUCUGAUGUUAAUUAUAUGGUUGCUAAACAUACUUCAGUGUAUGUUCAAUAUAUUAAAAUGGAUACAUUCUACUUAAUAUCUUGUAUUUAUAUCUCUUUUGCAUAUUAUGUACAUAUGAAUAAACAAGGUAAAGAUCUCUUUCAAGACUGUUUAAUUUUUGGGCAUUGUUAUGUGUUCUAUAAUUCUUACUCAGCGCCAGAAAAUAUUGUGAUGUAGUCUUAUAAUUGUUGUUAUGGUGUUGGUUUUAGCUUAAAGUCUAACUUUUCAUAUUAGUGUAAGUUCAAAUGGUGUCAUGUGAUAUUUUGGUAAUAAAGGAUUUAUUUAUAAGUCUUAA